CUGUGAGUCCGCAGGAGGAAGCUCGUCCAGCGGCUGCUGCUCCGGAGGAUCCCCGGUCUGCCCAGGUCAUUCCAGAACCACAGUGUCGGUCCAGGACCUCUGGUUCCGACCGGUUCUGUCUCACACUGUCGGAAGAUGGACAGCUGCCGUCUGUCCCUGCAGUAGGACAGUUAUGGACAUCCUGUUCCUUGCUGGCCGAGGACGCAAAUAUCGAUCCAGACUCCAUGGUUGUCGUCAUGGCCUCGCUGAGUGGAAGUACACCAGUUGAGACGCUUCUGGCAGCGAUCCAUCUGGAGAGGUACGUGGACAUCUUCCGGCGAGCCAGUCUCCUAUUGGCUAGAGACUUCACCCACCUGGAUCAUGAAGCCUUGGUCAGUCUGGGUGUAACCGCCACCGGACACAGGAAGAGAAUCCUCCGCUUGAUUGGUCACAUCCAGAGGGCAGAAGGUCAGAGAGUCAAUCAGAGCGCUGACCUCCCCCGUGACCGUUGUCAGUCAGUGACGGACAUUUGUUCAUCAGAUCGAGGUCGAGGCGCUGUGGCGCUCCGCCAGUCGGCAAGACCUGCUACCUUCGAAGCAUUCAGGAACAGUUCAGCGCCAAACCUCGCUGCCAUGCUGACAAACUCUGAAGGUGUCAGGACGGUGGUGAAACCGGUUCCCAAACCCAGAACUGUCUUCAACCGCCGCAGGACUGCACCCAUCCACUUCUGUCCAACACCGGAGACUGUACCGCCUCCGCCCAGGAGGCUUUCCCAGGAGUCUAUCUGUUUUGCUGCGUUGGACAGUCUGACCCUGGGAGAAACACCCACUCCUGAGGACAGCAGGACAGCCACUGACCUUCGACUUAGCCGGGGGGAAAGGACAAAACCCAUUCGCAGCCGGUCUUUGUCCGAUGCUGGAGGUGUGUUACCUCCUGUUCCCCCUAGGCUGAGGCUCCUCCCCUCAUCUUCACCUGGAAGGACUGAGCAGAACCAGCCUUCUGGUCAUGGUAGUCUGAACAACAGUGAGCAUUCUGGAUCCUCACCAUCUGGCUCUCCCAGAGGAGGGACAAUGGAGAUGGUCUCUAACGAGAUCUACUGGGGCACUGUACCCAGUUCUACUGCCCCCAGUGGAGGGAAGAAUUCCUGCAACCAACAGUCGGCACCUCCGACUCCACCUAGACAAACUCCUGAGAGGAACCAUGAGAAAAACCCUGAGAGGAACAGUGGCAGCACAUUAAGUAACAACUCUUCAGGAUCAGCCCGAGCUUCGACAGACGACCCCGAGGAUGAGAUCAGUCCAUACUGUGAGACGGUCUUCCAAGCUAGAGGACGCCCACAAAGCAGUGAGAGUGAAAGAAGCAGAGUGGAGGGACGAGAGGCGAGGAGAGACGAGGAGAAACCUGCAGAGGAUCAUGGUUGUCACCGGUUCUUGUGGACGAAGCGUUUGUCUCAGGUUCUUCACUCUGGAGACUCUCAGGGUUACAGCACCGUUGGAGAAGCUCCACCUGCCCCACACUGCCUCUCCCUGCCCCCCCACACCUUCCCCUUAGAGGCCGAUGAAGACCUGACCAUCUCCCCCUAUGCCAGCUAUACCUCCCUGACCGAGAGAGCACCGCCCAUCAUCAGCGGCUGGCUGGACAAGCUGUCUCCACAGGGGAACUAUGUUUUCCAGAAACGCUACGUCAAGUUUGAUGGCAAAAACUUGAUGUACUUUGGCAGUGAGAAGGAUGUCUACCCUAAAGGAGUGAUCCCAUUGGCUGCCAUCCAGAUGACCCGCCCCUCCAAAGACAACAAGUUUGAAAUAGUGACGAGUCAGCGGAUCUUUGUGUUCAGAACUGACAGUGAAGUGCUGAGGCGGCGCUGGGUGUCUACGCUGCAGGAACACGUGAGAGACCAGAUGGUUUUUGGGAGGCGGCGCUUUGGUCCUGGAUCUCACUGCCAGAAACAUGGAUUCCUUGAACUUAAGGGAACCAAAUCCAAAGUUUACGCCGCCAUCAACACAGACCAGAUCUGGCUUCACAAGAACGAGCAGUGUUUUCGAAAUGGAAUCGGUAUCACGAUAAUUGAAGCUCGAGGAGCGACGAUACGAGAUGGAAAACACAAGAGUUUUGACCUCAUUACUCUGUACAAAACCUUCAGCUUCACAGCAGAGUCAGAACGUGAGAAGCGGGACUGGAUGGAGGCACUGCAGGAGUCCAUCGCAGAGACGCUGUCAGAUUACGAGGUAGCCGAGAAGAUCUGGUCCAACCGAUCCAACAGGAUGUGUGCCGACUGCAAGGCACUGAACCCCGACUGGGCCUCCAUCAAUCUGUGUGUCGUCAUCUGCAAGAACUGUGCAGGGCAGCACAGAGGUCUGGGGACGAUGGUCUCUAAAGUUCAGAGUCUGAAACUGGACACCAGUGUAUGGAGCAAUGAGAUCGUCCAGCUGUUCAUUAUGCUGGGAAAUGACCGGGCCAAUGACUUCUGGGCGGCUCGUCUGUCUCCUUCGGAGGAUCUGGACUGCGACGCUUCGCCCGAGCAGAGGAGGGAGUUCAUCACCCAGAAGUACCGAGAGGGUCGAUACCGGCUCCCCCACCCAACGUUCUGCAGCCAGGAGGAGCUGCUUAAGGUCUUGUGCUCGGCUGUCUCUGAACAGACUCUUCUGAAAACUGUAACCCAGAUUUUCUCAGAGGCGGAGUCAGCUCGCCUCUCUGAUGCCUCCAGCGGCUGCCAGCAGCCCCCCCUUCUGGACUGCUGCCCCAGUUCAGAUCCCAGCGUGUACGACGAGAUCAUGCAGCCUGUUCUCCACUCGGGUUACCUCUACAAGUCCGGCUCUGUCAACAGAGGAACACUGUCCAGAAAAACCCGGGAAGACUUUCAGAAGUUCUGGUGCUCGGUAGAUCAGUCUCUGCUGCUCUACGAGUCAGACCGAUCAGCUGAUCCAUGCAUGCAGAUCAACGUUAAAGACAUUGUGUGUCUGGGAGUCAGUCGACCAGACUCCUCCAACUCCAACAACGGAUUCAUCGACAGGUUUCGUUACACUUUCGAGUUGUAUCUGACUUCAGCGAAACUUUAUCAGUUUGGUUUGGAAACAGCCGACGCCCUUCACAGCUGGACCAAAGCCAUCGGAAAGGCUACAACGCCACUCAGCUGUCACUGCCUGCUGACCCGGGAGUUUGAACGAGUCGGCCUCCUGCGGUACCGGGCCAUGCUAGACCCUCAGCAAUGGAAGGAGGCUUAUUUUGUCCUGCAGAAGUCCAACCUUUUCAUCUGCCCUCAAACCGACGGAGCUGCAGAGGACAUCAUCAACUUGAACCGCCUGCAGGAGCUGAGUAUCACCUCUGAGGUUGAGAACCAGGAGAAGAAAGACAUCCUGGUGUUGGUUGAAAAGGGGAGGACUCUCCACCUGCAGGGCGUCGGCCGGACAGAUUUCUCUCUGUGGUACUCGGACAUCCAGCGGGCGGCUGGCGGAAAAGGAAACACCCUGAGAGAGCAGCAGUUGAGCAGAAAUGACAUCCCCAUCAUCGUGGACAGCUGCAUCGCUUUCAUCACGCAGUACGGUCUGGGCCACGAGGGGAUCUACAGAAAAAACGGGGCCAAAUCCAGGAUCAAGCUGUUGAUGGAAGAGUUUCGUAAAGAUGCCCGAAACGUCAAAUUACGGAUCGGAGACCACUUCAUCGAGGAUGUGACUGACGUUCUGAAGAGGUUCUUUAGAGAGAUCGAUGACCCUAUCUUCAUGGCUGACCUCCACCCGCUGUGGCAGGAGGCUGCCAAAAUCUCUCAGAAGCGUCUGAGGUUAGACCGCUAUAAAGAAAUCAUCCGGAGUCUUCCUCGAGUGAACAGGACUACCCUGGCUGCUCUCAUUAGUCACCUGUACAGGGUCCAGAAGUGUGCUGAUCUUAACCAGAUGUGCACCAAGAACCUGUCGCUGCUGUUCGCUCCAAGCCUGUUCCAGACCGACGGGAAGGGGGAGCAUGAGGUGAAGAUUGUAGAGGAUCUGAUAGACAACUACCUGUACGUCUUUGAUAUUGAUGAGGAGCAUCAGACUCAGAUUGAGCUGGAAAUCAGCCUUAUCACCACCUGGAAGGACACUCAGUUGUCUCAGGCUGGUGAUCUGAUCAUUGAAGUCUACCUGGAGAUGAAGAUGCCGGACUGCUGCAUAACUCUCAAAGUGUCUCCCACCAUGUGUGCUGAGGAGCUGACCAAUCAGGUUCUCUACAUGAGGAACGUCCCAGCCGGAGACAAAGACGUCUGGAUGGCGUUCGAGGCCAUCGAGGACGGACAGCUGGAGCGUCCGUUACACCCCAAAGAGAAGGUCCUGGAGCAGGCUCUGCAGUGGUGCAAGAUGGCCGAUCCGAGCUCCGCCUACCUGGUGGUGAAGAGAGUUCCUAAAAGAGAAGGCAUCACCAUCCUUACCUCCUAUAAGAGUGAGAUCAUGAAGGUCGGUCUCUUACGAUGUCGUGAAGAACCUCCAAAGCUCCUCCAGGGAACCAGGUUUCAGGAGAGAACAUUCCAGAUCCGGGACCACAAACUGCUGCUGCUCAAAGACAAGAAGAGCAUCAAACCAGAGAAGGAGUGGUCUUUGAAGUCCAUGAAGAUCUACAUCGGCAUCCGCAGAAAGCUGAAAGCUCCAACCAGGUGGGGAUUCACGGUGAUGUCAGAGAAACACCAGCUGUACCUGUGCUGCAGCAGUGAGGCUGAGCUGUGGGACUGGAUCACCAGCUUUCUCAAAGCUCAGAACGAGGACCCCGGGCCUCCUCUGCUGAGGCGUCACUCCUCCUCCGACAUCUCCAAGCAGAAGUUCGGCACGAUGCCGCUCGUCCCCAUCAGAGGAGAUGAGAGCAACAGCAGCAUGCUGUCGGCCAAUCAGACGCUGAGGAAGCUACACGACAGGAGGACUCUCUCCAUGUACUUUCCCAUGAAGGUCCAGCCGGACUCAUUCGAGGAGCGUUCAGAGUCUCCUGGCCUCCCUGAGCCGCUCUACGAGGAGGUCGGAGACUUUGGCCUGCAGGUCCUCAAAUCUCUGGAAACCAGCUUCCGGUCCAGUGGUGCUGCAGAGACCCAGGAGGUCCCGGACCACCCGCCGCUCCGGCUGGUUCCUCUGGAUGCCGGCCAUUUGGAUCACAUGAUGGUCCCGGAAGAGGAAGCUCGUACCAGCGGCUCUGAGGAAACUAGGGAUCAGAGCGGCAUCAGCAGUGAAGGAGGGGCAGCAGGAGAAUCGGACGUCCUGCUUCAGCCUGCAGUGAGGAGGAGGCAGCAGCUGCAGGGAGUCUGCACACCGUCACAGGAGCUGCUGCUGCAGGAGCUGUCAUCAGCCUUCAUCAAGAAGGCUGAGGAGGAAGAGCAGGAGGAAGAGGGGGAGAGGCCGUAUGAUGUCUGAGAAACAGGAGUGAGGAGGAGGCUGAAGAGAUCUCAUUACAGCGCAGCACAUAGUGUGGUGGAGUCAGAGGACGUCUUUCCCUCAGCGUCCAUCUAGCAGCCGUCCUGGAGCUUCAGCCUCACGUGCUGCGUUCCAGACAGCAUCUGUUCUGUUUUUGCUUCAGUCCGUACUGCAGCCGUCGUCACUCUACCUGCUGUUCCACGCAGUGUGUCUGCAGUGUGGACUUCAUCAUAAUAUUGCACACUAAGGUUUGACAGCUGCAGUCUGACUGAUGUUCACUCAGGGCCUCAGACUUGUUUCUACACUGUGGUGUCGCUGCUGCAGAAGACUGUGGGUCAGAACGAGCAGAAAGACAUGCUGGCUGCAAAAUCCAGCUGGAUACAGUUGAACAUCUGACACAUGGUAUUGGAACAAACUCAGUCUGUUGAGACAUAUUAUUUAGAGUGGUAAUGUGGACACUGGAAUGCAGCCUUUGGUCUUCAUCAGUUUGCUCCGCUGAUUUCUCUUCCAUGUUUGUCGAGACGGUUUCUCUGUUCAGCUCUGAUUCUCUUUCAUUCUAAUUUAACCCUCUGAACCCCUGAGUAGUUUCUCACAGUUUACUUCUCCUUUUUCCUCACUGUGUUUCUCUACAGUAUAAAGUCCUGCAGCUCUAUGGAAACAGAACCACUCAGAAAUGUCUUUUCCAGGUUUUUAAACUCAGAAAUGACAGAAAUCAGAAGAAAGAGAAACAUUUCUUUGAUAAUGUUUUUUUUUUUUUUUAAAAUGUAAAAAAUAUAUUUACAGAUGUCAGCAGGACUGGAGGCUCAACCUACUAGAGAUAUUUAACUAUUUACAUUUUACAGCCUCUACAAACUUUUUACUUGACUGUUAAACAAGCCUUUCUAAUCCACUUGCUGGUUUUAAAGGCAUGUUUUCUUCUUUAAAAAAAUCACCAGAAUGACACCGUUUAUCAGCCUGAAACACGCUUUUUCAUGACCAUGCGCAUGGUCAGUGAAGAUUGAUAACUUUAACAAAGCAGAGAAAGAGCUUUGUGGUCCCAAAGAAAUGUCACGGAAAAUUAAAAUCAAAUUAAAAUCACUUUAGUCCACUGGAAUCAUUUAAAUGCAACCUGCUACAGAUAUUUAACUAUUUGGAUUUAUUGUAGCCUCUACAAACUUUCUAAUGACUUUUUAAAGAUGUUUCACUGCGCUGAAUGUAUUUAAAAUGUAAAUGACACAUGUAAAAUAGAAAGAUUUUCAUGAAAUAUAGAUCUGGUGAUUUCUUCUGACUGAACGGCACAUCACAGAUGAGUAGUUCAAGGAAUCAUCUGUGGUUCAAGGAAGUUCAAAAAUCUGAUGAAUCUUUCUGUCACAGCUGGGUCAGUAAAAAGAACCAGUUGUGCUGAGAAGGGAAGACGUUUUUAGUUUUUUGCAGGAUCUGGUUUGAUCAUUUUACGUGAGACAUGUAGAGUAAAGUGGUUUUGAUGAAAUAUCACAGUUUUAAGCUCAGAUUUGGUUUAUUUGCCUGAUGGAACUGUACACGAUACAUUCAAGGACCAUUAGAAAGUACACAAGCUGAUGAUUCUGCUUUUACAGUUUCCGGCUGAAAAUGGGGUCAUUUUGGAGAUUUAAAAAAUCUAAGUAAGAAUGGUUGAAAGUCAAAGACAUCACAUGAACGUUCUGAGCUGUUCAGGGGAUUUAGGUGAAGCUUUCAGACAUUGCUGCAUGUUGUGAGGAUGAACAAACUGGUUUUCAGACUGAUGUGUGAAGUCGAAUGAAAAUUGUAGAGAUCCUCAUGAACAGGUUUGUGUGUUGAAAAAGUCAUUUUUUUUGUUGUGUCUGCCUGUGAGGAAUGUAUAAACGCCUCUUUAAACAGGCCUGUUGAAUCUGUCUGUGAUGCUGUGAGCGAGCAGCAGGUGGCAGCAAACAGUCAGUAAAACAACAAGGACACAACAUGAAGAUCAACAGCGCUGCAGAAAGACUUCAUGUGUGCGUCCACCAGUCCUCCCACUACACAGCGUGACUGGUCCCAGUGUGGCUCUGACAUCUCACUGCUCUGCUAGUGCUUCGUCUGUAUAUAUUCAGUAUGUUAUUCUAUAAAGCUGAUUGUUCUGAA